AUGAUUUGGAAGAGUCGUUUUUUCUUUGCACAGUCCAGGAUGUCGACCAUGAGGUUCAGUGGGAAACAGUUAUUACUCAUAGUAGCGUCUGUGUUUUUCCUCUGUGUGGCUGCAGACAUACGUGCACCUGAAGUGCACACUAAGCUGGGGAGUCUGAGAGGUCAGUACGUCAGUGUUAAGGGGAAGGAGACUGGGGUCCAUGCCUACCUGGGGGUCCCCUUUGCCAAGCCCCCUGUAGGUCCUGCUCUGAGACUGGCUGCACCUCAACCUGUAGAGGGAUGGGAAGGAGUGAAAGAUGCCACCCAGCAGCCAGCCAUGUGCAUUCAACACAAACACCAUGUGAAAAAACUUUAUGAUAAACUUGAAGACAUUUUUCCAAUAGUUUUAGACAUUUCUGAAGACUGUCUCUACCUCAACAUUUACACGCCUGCAAACAGAGCUCAUGAUGCCAAACUCCCAGUCAUGGUUUGGAUCCAUGGUGGAGGAUUUACUAUGGGCUCAGCUUCUAUGUAUGAUGGAUCUGCACUGGCUGCUUACCAGGAUGUGGUUGUGGUUUUGAUCCAGUAUCGCUUAGGAAUUCUGGGAUUUCUCAGCACUGGAGAUCAACACAUGCCUGGAAACGUUGGUUUGCUGGACCAGGUACAAGCUCUGAGGUGGAUCCAGCAGCACAUUCACAACUUUGGUGGAGAUCCAGGUUUAGUCACUGUAUUUGGAGAGUCUGCAGGUGGGAUCAGUGUGUCUUUGCUGCUUCUCUCAUCGUUGUCUCAUGGGUUGUUCCAUCGUGCCAUUGCUGAGAGUGGAACUGCUGCCAUGGACAUAGCUGUGUCAGUUGAUCCUCUACCAAUUAUGCAGAUGGUGGCCAAUGCAUCUGGUUGUAGCCAUGAAAGCACGGAGAAGAUCGCUGAUUGUAUUAGAAACCUGGGUAUUGAAACUAUUCUGACCAUUGGGAAGGAUGAUAAUUUGAUGCCUUCUAUAAAUGUUGACGGACACUUUCUGACAAAACCUGUGGAGGAGCUGUUCCUUGAACAUGAACUUCUCACUGUUCCAUUCAUGACCGGUGUGAAUGAUGAUGAAGGAGGAUGCAUGAUUUCAUGGUUUUUCCAUCUUCAAAACUGGACAGAGGGAAUGGAUCGAGAGCAGAUCACAAAGGCACUGUCUGUUUUCUUUCCUUAUCCCAAACAAGCAGUCUUCAGAGAUUUGAUAAUAGAUGAAUAUAUUGGAACUGGUGAAGAUUGUGUGAAAAACAGAGACGGGUUCACUGAGAUGAUUGGAGACAUUAUGUUUACUGUUCCAGCCAUAAAGACAUCUAAUGCCCACAGAGAUGCAGGUGGUGCUGUUUACCUGUAUGAAUACCAGCAUCCUCCCAAACUCCUGCAGAAGAAAAGGCCAAGCUUUGUUCGGGCUGAUCAUGCAGAUGAAAUUUUCACAGUGUUUGGACUCUGUUUUACAACUACUCAUGUCAAACUACCUGACCCAUGUCCCAAAGAGGAGGAAGAGUUAAGCAAAACCAUGAUGAGCUACUGGGGGAACUUUGCCCGUACAGGGUCUCCUAAUGGUGACGGGCUUGCUCACUGGCCACAGUAUGGAGCAGGAGAAGACUACCUGGCCAUUGGUUUGAAGCAGCAGGUCACCCGUCAGCAUCUGAAGAAGAAUCGCUUUGUCUUCAUGACUCAGACGCUUCCAGAGAAGAUCAAGCAACAUGAGAAGAAGAUGGAGCGUAGUGAACUGUGCAGGGCGUCUACCACGGCGCCCAAAGAGCGCGAGAAAAAGUGUGCCACCGCCGCGGCAGGAGAGGACAUCCUUAAGACGAGUGGUCCUGAAGAAGGCGAAGUCGAGGCGGACGGCGACGAAGGAGGCAGCGACACCCCAGUGGCAGGAGAGGGCGAGGUCACCAGGCUGGGAGACGAGACAGACGGCCCCUUCUGCACCGAGAGGGGCAGAGACAGCCACUUCUGUAGAACCAACACUGGGCAGAACGUCCUCCUCCUUAGAGGUCGACAGGAACUGAGGCAGAAAAUACCUCCACUUGGAGGCCGACAGGGACUGAGAAUUCAGGAUGUCGACCAGGAAGUUCAAUGGGAAACAAAUUUUGCUUAUUGUAGCCUUUGUGUUUUUUCUCUGUGUGGCUGCAGACAAACAUGGUGUAUUCAACAGAAACAACAUAUAAUUGAUAUUCUUGAAAAAUCUUUUGGCAUGUUCCUGGAUGUUUCAGACAUUUCAGAGGACUGUCUCUACCUCAACAUUUACACUCCUGCAAACAGAGCUCAUGAUGCCAUACUCCCAGUCAUGGUUUGGAUCCAUGGUGGAGCAUUUACUUUGGGUUCAGCUUCUACGUCUGAUGGAUCUGCAGUGGCUGCUUACCAGGAUGUGGUUGUGGUUUUGAUCCAGUAUCGCUUAGGAAUUGUGGGAUUUCUCAGCACUGGAGAUCAACACAUGCCUGGAAACGUUGGUUUGCUGGACCAGGUACAAGCUCUGAGGUGGAUCCAGCAGCACAUUCACAACUUUGGUGGAGAUCCAGGUUUAGUCACUGUAUUUGGAGAGUCUGCAGGUGGGAUCAGUGUGUCCUUGCUGCUUCUCUCACCAUUGUCUCAUGGGUUGUUCCAUCGUGCCAUUGCUGAGAGUGGAACUGCUGCCAUGGAUGCAUAUGUGUCAAAUAACCCUUUACCAAUGAUGCAGAUUGUGGCAAAUGCAUCUGGUUGUAACCAUGAAAGCACAGAGAAAAUCGCUGAUUGUUUCAGACGCCUGGAUAUUGACUCUAUUGUAACCAUUGGGAAGGAUGUUUAUUUGAUACCUUCUAUAAACGUUGACGGACACUUCCUGACAAAACCUGUGGAGGAGCUGUUCCGUGAACAUGAAGUUCUCACUGUUCCAUUCAUGACCGGUGUGAAUGAUGAUGAAGCAGGAUGGAUACUUGCAGAUAUUUUUGGUCUUCAAAACUGGACAGAGGGAAUGGAUCGAGAGCAGAUCACAAAGACACUGUCUGUUUUUUUAUCUAAUCCUAAACAUGCAGUCACCAUAGAUCUGAUAAUAGAUGAAUAUAUCAGUACUGGUGAAGACCGUGUGAAGAACAGAGACGGGUUCACUGAGAUGAUUGGAGACAUUUUGUUUACUGUUCCAGCCAUUAAGACAUCUAAUGCCCACAGAGAUGCAGGUGGUGCUGUUUACCUGUAUGAAUACCAGCAUCCUCCCAAACUCCUGCAGAAGAAAAGGCCGAGCUUUGUUGGGACUGAUCAUGGAGAUGAACUUUUUAUAGUGUUUGGACUCUGUUUCACAACUACUCAUGUCAAACUAUCUGACCCAUGUCCUAAAGAGGAGGAAGAGUUAAGCAAAACCAUGAUGAGCUACUGGGGAAACUUUGCCCGUACAGGGUCUCCUAAUGGUGACGGUCUUGCUCACUGGCCACAGUAUGGAGCAGGAGAAGACUACCUGGCCAUUGGUUUGAGGCAGCAGGUCAUCCGUCAGCAUCUGAAGAAGAACCGCUUUGUCUUCAUGACUCAGACGCUUCCAGAAAUGAUCCGGCAACAUGAGGAGGAUAUGGAGCGUAGUGAGCUGUAGAAUAGUGACUUCCCAGAUAUCUGUCAUUAAAAAUUAAAUGCA